AUGGCGGCAGAAGAGAGAGGAGCGUGUGAGAGGAAUGAGGGACGGGAGAAAGAGAAGGAGGCGAGGAGAGAAAGAGAGAGAGAGAGAGAGUUGAAGAGAAAGAAGGAGAGGAAGGGAGAGAGAGUGCCCUCAGGGCGAAUUCCCGUCGAGCAUCGGCCGCUGCAGAAUCCAGAGAGAAGAAUCCGAAAAAAAAGAAAACAUCCGACACAACACUGAUAAUCUAUCUGCGAUAAAAUAAUCAAAAUACUUCUUCAAGUAAUGGCCCAUUAACACAGCAAAGAAUGUAAACAUUACGAGAAUCACGGAUGGUCAGGAAGAAAUCUCAACAAUGGUAUUUAGAUCGGGU